AUGACCUAGACUUUGCCCUAUCAACUUAGUCUUCUGAAAGUUCUCUUACCUGGACUUCAUUACAGAUACUUUAAAUCAAGGAGAGAAAAAUGUCUAGAGCCUGCCUGGAGAGCAACAUCUGCUUCUAGCCAAGAUCAACUCAUCACAACAGUAAUGUGGGCCAUGGAGCCAGGCAACCUUCUCUGGGCUGUACUCUUCACACAAUCUUUGUGGCCCCAACUUACUGAUGGGACCACUAGAGUUUACUACUUGGGCAUUCAGGAUGUGCAAUGGAACUAUGCUCCCAAGGGAAGGAAUGUCAUCACAAACCAGCCUUUGGAUAAUGACAAAGUGGCUUCUAGCUUCCUAAAGUCUGACAAGAACCGGAUAGGGAGAAUCUACAAGAAGACCAUCUAUAAAGAAUACAAGGAUGACUCAUAUACUGAUGAAGUGGCCCAACCUGCCUGGUUGGGCUUCCUGGGGCCAGUGUUACGGGCUGAGGUGGGGGAUGUCAUCCUCAUCCACCUGAAGAAUUUUGCUACUCGUCCUUAUACCAUACACCCACAUGGUGUUUUCUAUGAAAAGGAUUCUGAAGGCUCCUUAUACCCAGAUGGCUCCUCUGGAAAGCUGAAAGCUGAUGAUUCUGUUCUCCCGGGGGGAAGUCAUAUCUACAACUGGAGCAUUCCAGAAGGCCAUGCACCUACCAAUGCUGACCCAGCGUGCCUCACCUGGAUCUACCAUUCUCAUGUGGAUGCUCCACGAGACAUUGCAACUGGUCUUAUUGGACCUCUCAUCACCUGUAAAAGAGGAGCCCUGGAUGGGAACUCCCCUCCUCAGCGCCAGGAUGUGGAACAUGAUUUCUUUCUGCUCUUCAGUGUGGUAGAUGAGAACCUUAGCUGGCAUCUUGAUGAGAACAUUGCUACUUACUGCUCAGAUCCUGCCUCAGUGGACAAAGAAGAUGAAGCUUUUCAGGAAAGCAACAGGAUGCACGCAAUCAAUGGCUUUGUCUUUGGGAAUUUACCAGAGCUAAACAUGUGUGCACAGAAGCAUGUGGCCUGGCACUUGUUUGGCAUGGGCAAUGAAGUGGAUGUCCACACAGCUUUUUUCCACGGACAGAUGCUAACCACUCGUGGACAUCGUACUGAUGUGGCUCACAUCUUUCCAGCUACCUUUGUGACUGCUGAGAUGGUGCCCCAGGAGCCUGGCACCUGGUUAAUUAGCUGUCAAGUGAACAGUCACUUUCAAGACGGCAUGCAGGCACUCUACAGAGUCAUGUCUUGUUCCACGGCCCCUCCUGAGAACCUGCUCACAGGCAAAAUUCGGCAGUACUUCAUUGAGGCCCAUGAGAUACAAUGGGACUAUGGCCCAAUGGGGCAUGAUGGGAGUACUGGGAAGAGUUUGAGAGAGCCAGGCAGUGACUCAGAAAAGUUCUUCCAGAAGAGUUCCAGCAGAAUUGGAGGCACUUACUGGAAAGUCCGGUAUGAAGCCUUUCAAGAUGAGACAUUUCAGGAGAAGGUGCAGCUUGAAGAAGAAAAACAUCUUGGAAUCCUGGGGCCAGUGAUCCGGGCAGAGGUGGGUGACACUAUCCAGGUGGUCUUCUACAAUCGUGCCUCCCAGCCAUUCAGCAUGCAGCCCCAUGGGGUGUUUUAUAAGAAAGAUUAUGAGGGCACUGUGUACAAUGAUGGCUUGUCAUACCCUGGCUUGGUGGCCAAGCCUUUUGAGAAAGUAACAUACCACUGGACAGUCCCCAGUCAUGCUGGUCCCACUGCUCAGGAUCCUGCUUGUCUCACCUGGAUGUACUUUUCUGCCACGGAUCCCAUAAGAGAUACAAAUUCUGGCCUGGUGGGCCCCCUGCUGGUGUGCAAAGCUGGUGCUUUGGGUGCAGAUGGAAAACAGAAAGGGGUGGAUAAAGAAUUCUUUCUCCUCUUUGCUGUGUUGGAUGAGAACAAAAGCUGGUACAGCAAAGCUAACGAAGCGGCCGCUAUGUUGGAUUUCCGACUGCUCUCAGAGGAUCUAGAGGGCUUCCAGGACUCCAAUCGGAUGCAUGGCAUUAAUGGGUUUCUGUUCUCUAACUUACCCAGGCUGGAAAUAUGCAAGGGUGACACAGUGGCCUGGCACCUGCUCGGCCUGGGCACAGAGACUGAUGUGCACGGGGUCAUGUUUGAGGGCAACACCGUGCAGCUUCAAGGCAUGAGGAAGGGCUCAACCACGCUUUUUCCUCACACCUUUGUCAUGGCUAUUAUGCAGCCUGACAAUCUUGGGACAUUUGAGAUUUAUUGCCAGGCAGGCAACCAUCGAGAAGCAGGGAUGAAGGCAAUUUAUAAUGUGUCCCAGUGUCCUGGCCACCAUGCCACUCCUCAACAACACUACCAAGCUGCAAGAAUCUACUACAUCAUGGCAGAAGAGGUGGAGUGGGACUAUUGUCCUGAUAGGAGCUGGGAAUUGGAGUGGCAUAACCAGUCUGAGAAGGACAGUUAUGGUCACAUUUUCCUGAACAAUGAGGAUGGGUUCCUGGGUUCCAGAUACAAGAAAGCUGUAUUCAGGGAAUACACUGAUGGUACAUUCAGAAUCCCUCAGCUAAGGAAUGGACCUGAAGAACACUUGGGAAUCCUGGGUCCACUUAUCAGAGGAGAAGUUGGUGAUAUCCUUACUGUGGUGUUCAAGAAUAAUGCCAGCCGUCCCUACUCUGUGCAUGCCCAUGGUGUGCUAGAAUUUAAUACUGGUUGGCCACUACCUGCUGAGCCUGGUGAGAUGCUCACUUAUCAAUGGAACAUACCAGAGAGAUCUGGCCCUGGCCCCAAUGACUCUGCUUGUGUUUCCUGGAUCUAUUAUUCUGCAGUAGAUCCCAUAAAGGACAUGUACAGUGGCCUGGUGGGGCCCUUGGUCAUCUGCCGGAAGGGCAUCCUGGAGCCCCAUGGAGGACGGAGUGACAUGGACCGGGAAUUUGCAUUGUUAUUUUUGAUUUUUGAUGAGAACCAAUCUUGGUAUCUGGAGGAGAAUGUGGCAGCUCAUGGGCCCCAAGAGCCAGGCCAUGUUAACCUACAGGAUGGAACAUUCUUGGAGAGUAAUAAAAUGCAUGCCAUCAACGGGAAGCUCUAUGCCAACCUAAGGGGUCUUACUAUGUACCAAGGAGAACGAGUGGCCUGGUACAUGCUGGCCAUGGGCCAAGAUAUUGACAUACACACUGUCCACUUUCAUGCAGAGACCUUCCUCUAUCGGAAUGGAGAGAGCUAUCGGGCAGAUGUAGUGGAUCUAUUCCCAGGGACCUUUGAGGUUGUGGAGAUGGUGGCCAGCAACCCUGGAACAUGGCUGAUGCACUGCCAUGUGACUGACCAUGUCCAUGCUGGUAUGGAGACCCUCUUCACUGUUUUGGCCCAAACAGAACACUUAAACACUAUCACUACAAUCACCAAAGAGAUUGAAAAAGCACUGAUCCCGAGAAAUAUUAGAGAAGGCAACGUGAGGAUGCUGGGCAUGCAGAUCCCCAUAAAGAAUGUUGAGAUGCUGACUUCUCUUUUGAUUGUAAUGAGUGUCGUCCUCCUGCUCAUUGCUCUGGCUCUUGGUGGUGUGGUUUGGUACCAGUAUAGGCAAAGAAAGCUACGCCGCAAUAGGAGGUCCAUCCUGGAUGAUAGCUUCAAACUUCUAUCUCUCAAGCAGUAACAAGUGGAACCUAGAUAUAUACUGAGGAAGAAAAUAUGGAAUGCACUCCCAGCAGGCCAUGGACUAGCAGUAAAUCCCAUUAUCAAAAGGGAAUGGGUAGUGGAGAUGUAAAGAAGGGGAUCAAACUUAUCUGGGUAUUUCUUCAUUUAUUUAUUUACAUGGAAAUUAUAUUGCUCCAUUUUUUCUUUAAUUUCUUUAUUCUACUUGGGCACGUGGGGUAGGUGAGUCUCCUAAUAUCUUACAUAAAAAAUUUCAACAGCCGUACUGUAAUAUUGUCUAACACUUGGACGGUCUGAAAAUUCCUAUAAACUGAUUAAUCUUACACAGUAGA